AGGCCCCGUUCGAAGGUAUCGGCGUUGAGUGAUCGGCGUUACCGCAGAGAUGCGUUCUCGCGAGACGCCGCGGUCGUCCGGCUCAGUGGCGGCGCGAUCGGCCGUAAUCAUCGCGUCUCGCUCCCCGUGAGGUCCUCGACGGAGGUCCCACGAGCUGCGUGACUCUUGACGCCACCAGCCGCUCCGACCGAUUCCUCGGCCGCAGGCGCCUGAGAAUUGUAGCGCGAAACUACUGGAGGUGCUCGGUGAUAUACUCGGCGAUAUCCAGAGACAAUUCAACCCGCGGCCGAAGCCAGGCGGAGAGCGGUAGGAAAACGGAAGAUUCAGAGGACUAUGAGUGCCGCGGGGCGGAGACGAACGUUGCCUUAAGCGUCGCGCGGUAACGCGACUUCGUUAGUGUCGCGCGGAGGUCUCGGAGGAAGCGGGAAACGAGAGAGCAGACAUGAUGUUCACGGGCGGCUCGCACUCCAAGAGGAGGAACGCCAGCGCCGCCACCGGCGCCGGAAGGAAGUCUUCCCUGGAGCCCAGAAACGCGCACCCGCGCGCCGCCACCGAUGGAUAUACUUACAGAACGAGAGUACCAUCGUCGAUAAAUCCUGCGGAAGCGCCGACGAGCUCAACAGGAAAUCGGACUUACGUGUACAGAACUCGAAUACCUCGAAGAGAGGCAAUCGCAGCUGCAGCAUCGCCCCCGCCGGAAAAUAAUGUGGGUGGCCCAAUAACGAGACGCAGAGGAGCAGUUAAGCACAAUAAAGUCCACGUAGUACGAGGCCAUCGACUGGUAGCCAAAUUUUUCCGACAGCCAACAUUUUGCGCCUUCUGCAAGGAUUUCUUGUGGGGCUUUGGGAAGCAAGGUUAUCAGUGCCAAGCGUGCCAGACUGCGGUGCAUAAGAAAUGUCAUGACAAACUGUUAACAAAGUGUCCAGAGAGCGGCAGAGAAUCGGAAAACACAAUCUACUUACGGGAACGAUUCAAGGUCGAUGUCCCACAUAGAUUUCGUACGCACACUUUUAUGUCUCCAACGUUUUGCGAUCAUUGCGGUUCUCUACUCUAUGGAUUGUUCAGGCAGGGUUUAAGGUGCGAUGGUAAUCUUCGCGAGUUGAUCCGGCUCAGGAUCCACGGUUACCGAAAACAGAGACCGACCCUUCCUGACGAAAUGCAUCACUGGAGAAUAAAUGAACACGCUCUGAGUAACGAAAAGUGUCCAUGCAAUUCGCCACUAACCUCUGACUUGCUUCCACGACUCUUAAGUAUGCCGAGCUACCCUCGAGAGAAGAAAUGCAAGAAAAGCUUAAAAUAAAUCCCGCGAAAGUAGAGAAGUCCUGGGAGGGCCGCUAGGGAACAAGGCGCCAAAAUAUCAGGAGAAAAGUCCCGCUUCGCAGCACUCCCUCGACCACCGAU